AGGCUGGGGGUGUGCGGCUGCGCAGAUUGUCUGGUCGGUGACAAACAAUCAGCGCAAAAAUACAUCCGAAAGGAGGCGAAUGGGAAUAGAUGGAUACUUCAGCAGCAAAAACCUCCUGGGGUCUGAUAAAUCAGGAGACAGCUUCAGCAUGAAUGACAUCAACCUGAGCCCUGUGGGAAUGGAUCAACUGAGUGCUUCAUCUGUUAGCACCACCUUACCUGUUACAGGAAGUCACCUGGGCAUGGGUUCACCCACCCACAAUGCUCUCCCAGCUCCAGGAAUGCCAGUGGCAAUACCGAACCUUAGCCCUUCGUUAGGCUCCCUCCCUUCAGCUCUUUCAUUAAUGCUUCCAAUGAGCAUUGGAGAACGUGGAGUAAUGUGCAGCAUUCCAGAGCGAAAUUAUACUUUACCGCCUCCGCCAUAUCCACAUUUAGAGAACAGCUAUUUUCGGCACAUUCUCCCAGGUAUUUUGUCUUACUUGGCUGACAGACCACCUCCCCAGUACAUCCAUUCCAGUGCUAUCAGUGUGGAUGGAAGCCCUGCACUGCCUGUUUCUAGCAACCCACCUACCCUUGAUCAUUAUGAACCUAAUGGUGCUGUGGGCUUGGAGUCAAGCAUCGUUUCCAUAGACACGAGACAAGUAGGCACUCACAAUUCCCAGAAUCUGCAUCAGAGCAACAACCAGGAGGUCCCACUAAAUGCUAACAUCUCCAUGGAAACAGUUUCUCGAGUUAACAGUCCCAUCUCGACAGAAGGAAUGAGUGAAGAUUUGACUAUGAAUGGUGUAACAGGAAAGCCACAGGCAUUGUCCUCUGGCUCCAGAAACCAUGAAACAAUAACUGUGGACUCUGUGGGAAAUAAUUUGGAAGCAGAGGCAGUAGUAGGGCAGAAUACAAUAAUUCCAAUUCAUGCCAGCGCAAUAGAGUUACCAGUUGUCAUGGAACCAGAACCAAUAACUGGUCGGGUAAACAAUAUACCAGAGAAUUCUUUGAGUGACUCCAUCCAUGCUGCUACAAUAAACUCCAAUCCUGUAGGAGUAGCACUUUCAUCUUCUCACUCCCUGCCUUCACUUGAGCCAGUGUCUCUUCAUGGAUCCAGUGUGGGACUGGACAGAGUCUCUGUUUCCACUGUUACAACAGAGGUCUCCAUGAGGACUAAUCAAGUUGAUGGGUCUUCAGAAAACCUUUCAUUUGUGUCAGGAUCUCUACAAAUGGAGGAUUCCAGCUCCAAUAAAGAGAAUCUGGCAGAUUCCUUUACAAUUUGGUGUACUCUAUGUGACCGUGCUUAUCCUGCUGACUGUCCUGAACAUGGAGCAGUAACUUUCAUACUGGAUACACCAGUCAGCAGCCGAGCUAGACUGUCAAUUCCAAAACAGCUAAGCCUCAGACAGUCUAUCACAGGAGAAGAUGUUGGUGUGUGGAGUCAAGAAUCAAUUCCUAUGCGCACCUGUUUUGGACCUUUGAUUGGAGAAGAGAUUAACUUAUUGCAAGUCGCUGAUUGGACGAACAAAAGUAACACUAAUAUCUGGAAGAUAUUUUGCAAUUAUGUUUUGGAAUUUCUGAUAGUGACCGCAGAUGAGAACAUCUGUAACUGGAUGAUGUUUGUACACAGAGCUAGAACACGGGAAGAACAAAACCUAGUAGCCUAUCCUCACAAUGGGAAGAUUUAUUUCUGUACAUCCAAAGAGAUUCCUCCUAACCAUGAGCUACUCUUUUACUAUACCAGGGACUAUGCAAGGCAACUUGGAGUUCCAGAGCAUCCAGAUGUGCACAUGUGUCACUGUGGCAAGGCAUACAGUACGUACAGUGAGCUGAAGUCACAUUUGAGCAGUCAUGGGCAGAGUCGGGAAAGGAAAUGGAAAUGUUCCAUCUGUCCAAGAGCGUUCACCUCUUCUACCAAACUAAAUGUUCACAUGAUGGGACACAUGGGGAUGAAACCACACAAGUGUGAGUUCUGCAGCAAGGCAUUCAGUGACCCCAGCAAUCUCCGAACUCACCUCAAAAUUCACACGGGUCAAAAAAACUAUCGGUGUGAAAUGUGUGACAAGUCUUUCACUCAGAAGGCUCACCUGGCCUCUCACAUGAUAAUCCACACAGGAGAGAAGAACUUGAAAUGUGAUUAUUGUGAGAAAAUGUUCAUGCGGCGACAGGAUCUUCGGCAGCACAUGUUGACCCAUACGCAAGAGAGGCAAAUCAAGUGUCCAAAUUGUGACAAGCUCUUCUGGAGGACAACACACCUGAAGAAACAUCUCAAUUCACACGAAGGAAGGAGGGAUUUCAUCUGUGAGAAGUGCUCAAAGGCAUACUUAACAAAGUAUCACUUAACCAGACACUUAAAGAUCUGCAAAGGUUCCAAGACAUGCCUGCCUAUGCAAGAUCUGGAGGAAGAGGAUGAGGAUGAGGAUGUAGACAGUGAGGAUGAAGAACUGUUGCAGUCUGGUAGUGGAACCUGUCAGUUGAACAAUGACAAUUACACCACGGAAGAUGACGGUCAGUAGGAGUUGCAAAAUGUUGGCUGUCUUGAGUAAGAACAUCUUCGUGGAUUUAAUGCAGUGUUUUCAAUAGUCUCAUUAAUAACAUGCAAAUGGAUUCCUGGUAGAAGAUCACAGCAGUCCCUGAACCAAUUAUACCAAAUGCAGAAAUGAAGACAAUGGAGCACAGAACAGUGAUGCAGCAUUAAAAUGAGUAUCAGGAACAUGAAUCUGAUACGUGCUGACUAUGAAGAUUAUAUAUGUCUUGAAGUUCUAAAAUGGUGAAUUCCCACUCAGGCUCAGUUUAAACAUGCAGAUUUUAUAAUGUAUGAAUCCAGAGGUGUAUGUUUUCAUUUCUAUAAAAACCAUAGAAGUAUCUUGGAGAUUGACCAGCAAGAUGAUUAUUAACCAGAGCUGAUGUGAACUUUAGAAACUUGUCACAUUAACACUCACUAACUUGAAUUGCUACUCUGCGAGAAGAAGCCUAACUCCUUGCUGCCCACAAUUAGUGCUUGUCAAGGAUCGGUGAAGAAUUUGGUUAACAUGCAAAAUAAUUUGAUGCACUUUUAACCUGAGUUCAAACUGUGUGUUCAAGUAAAAACAGUACAUUUUAAAUCUUUUACUGGACAACGUUUAGUCCAGUGUGAAUAAAACUUGUGGGAGAACAAGUGUGCACCUAUUAAAUACAAGUAUUCAGCUGGUAUCUUCUAAAGGACCUGAUUUCCUAGGUUAAAAUUUAGAAGUUAACUUUUUCACAGCAAGUGAGGUAAUUCAUUUUUUGCUAAACUAGAAAUGAACAGUGAAAGCACAGCUCAAGAAGACUGAGCUUUCUCUCAAACUUGUGUUGCUGCCUCACACCAAUGUAGUUCUCUCCAAUAGCUUAUGAAAAAACGUAUGCAGGUAGGUAACAGGCAAGAUGACUUUUGUUCAAAAGGACAAUGCUGAACUAUGUUUAGCCAUAAUAUAUUACUAAAAGAUGUACAAUAUAUUUUCCUUAUGUUCUAU